AUGCUGAGACAUAAGCGUAACAUCCACCGAGAGAAAGCUAAUCCACACGUAUGCAAGUGCGGGAAAGAGUACAGUCGCUCUGAUAUACUCCUGCGACACCAAAGAACAUGCUCCACGAAUCUUGAAUUACACUCUUCAAGAGUACCAGAGCCUGCUACUAUACCGACAACCGCACCCCAGCAAGCGGGAUAUUAUUAUCAGUACCAAGCUCCUACUCAGCAAGCUUUCCUUUAUCAGCAGCAGCAACAACAGCAACAACAACAUCAUCAUCAACAACCUCAGCAACAUCAUCAGCAAUAUUAUUCUUACCAAUACCCGCAAGCAUACAUACAGACACAGUCGCCUAUGAAUAUGUCGAAUACUUACUCAAAUUCAAACGCACCACCAGGUCCAUACCAAUAUUACUAUUAA